AUGGAAAAUGUUGUAAUUAGAGACAGUGAUGAGUGGGACUCGAUAGAGUUUGCCCUUCAGCUCCGAUGCCGCUCAUCUAGGGUUAGAUUACUCCAGGCCUGGAAUAUCAUCCGGCCGGAAUCAUUAUCUAUGUUUAACCGUCGCAGCAAGAAUAUGCUGGUUCUUGAGGCAUUCGUUGAUACAGAAUCUUUAGAUCGGUCAAAUUCAGUUCAGGAUGUGUGUACCCGGGGCUUCGAUAUCGGCGCUCCUGGGUUUCUGGUAACUUUCGGGAACUUGAGUCUCUCUGGAUUCCCUUUAUUAAGCACUGAUUCUAAAGGCAAAACUCUUUUGGACAAUGAAACAUGCGCCCUUGAUCCAAACGGCAACCCAUUACCUUCUAAAACCCCUCCCGAAGUUUCCUCUUCAAUUUACGGUGAGAAGAGGGUGUUCGAGUAUUUCGUCUGCGAUGUCGGGGUAGGUAAAUCUUUGGAGGUUCCUGGCGUAGUUGAGGCUCAAACUUCCAGAGUAUCUAUGCCCGUAGAAUACGACUCUUACUUUCUGACAAAUUCAGAAAAUUUGAGGCUCGAUUCUUUAACAGUCUUUGCCGGAUCAAAUGAGAUCGAAAAUGGUGCCCUGGAUGUUUCUGAAGAGGUUCAAUCCAAGGGCGUUUUACCACAAAACACCUUCAAGCAUAAUUACAUAAUUUAUGACUCAUCACAGAUUUUACCGAGAUAUCUCAUCCAAUUUGAGUUUGACCCUAGCGCAGAUGAGUCUUUUGCCCUUCCUCUCUGCGACAACUGUCAGAGUGAUGUGUCAACAAUAUACUGCCCAUCAGAUAGCGCAAGGCACGUUUUAUUAAAUUUCAUAUCUUUUAGGAUCUGUACCAAGUGUGAUGUUCGUCUUCACUCCAAUAAUAAGGUUGUUUCAAGGCACAUUAGGGUCCCCUUGAGCGAGAUGCCAAGGCCUUACACCAAGUGCAAAAUUCACCAAACAAAGUCAUAUCAUCUUUACUGCACUGUAUGCGAGACUCCGAUAUGUCAGCUUUGCACAGUUAAUCACAUCCACGAACUAGAGGGUUCCACUUCUUUCAUUCCAAUUUCAACAGCCUAUGAGGCUGUGGUUCAAAACCUGAAUUCAACCACCGACGUCUCUUUGAGGGAGAGGAAGAAUCAGCUAUUGGAGAUUCUCAAUAAGGUUGACGAGGUCAAAAAUAAAGUUUCUGAAAACUGCCAAAAUGUGGAGGCUCAAUGUUACGAGAAGCUAGAAUCUGCACUCAGUGACCUUAACAGGAUGGUCGAAUGUUCUCUAGAAGUAGUUUCGACUGAACAAACCGAGAAUAAGAGGCAGCUUAAUGAGAUUAACUGGUCAGAAUCCUUUGUGGACCACAUGAGAAGCACUCUUUUACCUGCCGAUUAUCUCAGGUCCUGGCUCCGUCAUUGCAGACUCAGGGACGAGUUUGCCCAGAACAGCUCUCAGCAGCCUCUCAAAGAACUAUUUCCUGAUAUAUCUCUUGAGGCUGAGCUCAGCAUAAUUCCCAAGGACACACACGCUCAUCUUCAAACCAAAAUUCACACAUAA